AUGGAAGACACUGGAGUGGUUUCAUGUCAUCGUUUCAAUGGUGAUAUCUCUUUGAUAAGUUCAGGAAAUCCCUACGUGAAUCCCAGUAACAUUCUAUCAUCCGACGAAAAUGCUCCAGAUGUGUUAAAUGGAGGUCAUAUGGAAAGAACGAGGAAAACCACUAAAUCAAUGCCCACUGCGUAUGAUGAAGAUUUCGAGGCAAAUGGUGAUGAAGAAGUAACAACUCCCCGUACUUCCCCAACAUUAAUGGAGCUCCGAAAAAUGCUGGAUGAUUUCAAGUCAAUUGCGCCAAAAAACUCCCGGUUACAUGAGCGUACUGAUACAAUAAGAGCUAANCUUCGGUCACUUAAGGAAGUUGCAUCGCGUCCAUGCCAGUAUCCUUUGGAAAAAUUUUACGAUGAAGCAAUUCCUGUUCGGAGUCUCCAACGACCGUUGAUAAAAGGUUCACUUCUGACGCAUGACAAGACCAUCUUAUCAGACAAAACCUCCGUUCGAAACCGACCAGUGGUCUCUUAUCCCUCUGUCCGACGGCUAGAUAGCGUCCUCACGUCACCGGGAAGUCCUUUACCUCGUCUGAGUUCCUACUGCUCUUCAUCCGGUAGUCUAAUCGGAAAUAUGAACGGAAUUCCACUUUCCGAGGAUAAUUUAUUUCUCAGCGACUCCUUGUUCCCUCCCACACUCAGCAAAUCCCUCUUUGACGAAUCGAAGGACUAUCCUUCUGUAUCUAACGGAUACGCAGAUGAACUGCAUUUGAAUGCCGAUUCCGACGUCGAUAAGUGUGAGGCGAUCCUACAUCAAACAAAUCGUGACAAUGAAUCCGAAGAUUCAGGCAUCCUUACGCCCUCUGACGAUGCCAGUUCUCCCGGCACGACAUACAUAUCGGACAAAACAAUUGAGCCCGUCAAUUCCUCAAAUUCGUGUUCAUCUAAAGUGUUCGAGAACAAUCAAUCACAAAUCACAAUUGCUAUGAGCUCCGAUGCGCAUUUAUCACUUCCCACAACAAAGUCAUCACGCCGGUCUUCUAAAUCUAAACAUUCCAAGCGAUCCAAACCGUCAUCCCUGUCAUAUUCUCAACAACCGGAGCAGAAUAAUCAGUCCUUACGCCCUCUGACGAUGCCAGUUCUCCCGGCACGACAUACAUAUCGGACAAAACAAUUGAGCCCGUCAAUUCCUCAAAUUCGUGUUCAUCUAAAUCUCAACACGAUUGAUGAACGUCCUCCCACACCUGAUAUCGGCGAAGCAGCAAGUCACAACCGUACCGUGUCCAGCUGUGCAUCUCGCAGCGCAUCUGCUUCAUCGAGAGCAAACAUCCAAGAGGAUACUUCUGUUGAUGGAGAUUUCACACUGGUAACAAAUAAAAAAAACAAACAUCCAACCUCAUCCUCACGCGUCACUCUCACUGUGUCAGGCGAUUCGACAUCCGAAGCUCGCGGUGUUGCUGGUGUUGAGAUUGCGCUGAGUGUCAAGGCCGAGCGUUCACUUCUAGAUUGGAUCCCGGUUAACAGCCGACUUUGCGCCGUACAUCUAGAUGGUUCAAUACGCACAGGGGUCCGAUGA